UGUCAUUGUUUGAACAUUUGCAGUACACACAUCUUCACUAAAGACUAACAAAAACAACAACCAUUCCGUUCGAAAAUGGCGUAGCUAUUAAACCAGAUUCACUAAACGUUUCAACACAAUGUUUUAGAUCUGAGCAACUAAGUGAGAAGCAAGUAAGUUUAACAAAAUAUUGGAACGUGGCUCAAAUCCGCACUCAACUUCUGCUAAAUGUAACAUCGCGUUUCUUCUCAGAUAUAAACAUGCUUGACGUACAUAUUUAAAGUGUAAAAAUGUGCAUAGCCGAAAUAUAAACUCAACAUUCAGCCUGGAUACAACUUAACUUACCUAAUAGUAGUGUUUCGGACAUUAGACAUACAACACUAAAAACAACUACGUAGUACGUAGUAAAAUCUGCAGUGCCAUCUAGUGGCCGUAAAGAGUAAACCCACCAUUUCCAAUGUGCCGUAUUAUCCUCGUUGCAUUCUGGGAACUAUAGUCCGCUUGAUUUUAAAAAGUCCAGUCGGCACCAAACGUACAUUCAGAAACAUUUUAAAGGCUUUUCAUAUAUACGUUAAUUGUAGUACAAAUAAUAUUAAGUGUACACAUCACAUAUAAAAUCACAAAAAUGCAUACUAAUCAGAGUAUAACCACAGAAUAAACUACAAUAACCACAACCUACGUCGGAGUUAAGCUCUCGCUCAUGGAAGACAGCAGCUGAGCUUCAAGAGAAUGGAAAAGCAUGUCGUUGAGUAGAUGGCCAAUAUUUUUGUUAGGAAUACAUAACUUGCCAGCCAGGUGUUUUUUGUAAGGAACUGCAUUGUAUUGGGAAUUAACUUCGAUAAUUAUCAAUUUGAGCUAGACACCGGAUGCAGACAGUUAAGCGGCCCAUACGAGUCACUGGAUCCCAGUCACACCCUGCUGGGUCGAUGUCUGCUUAAUAACAAGAUAUUUGUAUACACCUUAUAACGUGAUGGCGACAUGACUCAUUUGGCAACGAUUCUCUGAUUCGGUGAAGCGAACAUUUGGACUGGAUAUGACCGACUCAUCAUCACCAUGGGAGGAUCAGGGGAGAUAACACCGGACACUGCGUGCUGCUCUACCAACCAGACAAGUAACUUAAUAGCAACAAAGUAGUUUAAAGUCCUUUCUAUUAAUCUCGUUUUCCAUCUACCGUGGGAUAAUGGCCGCUCAGAUGUACACCUUUGUCACCCGGGAUGACAACAGCACCGUUUAUGCAGAAGUUUCCAAAAUCCUCUUGUCUACUGGGCAGUGGAGGAGGCUGAAAAGAGACAACCCCAGAUUUAAUUUAAUGCUUGGUGAAAGGAACAGACUACCCUUUGGACGUUUAGGUCAUGAACCAGGACUGGUGCAGCUGGUGAAUUACUACAGAGGAGCAGACAAGCUUUGCAGGAAGGCAUCAUUGGUCAAGCUUAUAAAGACCAGCCCAGAGCUCUCAGACUCCCCGAGCUGGAUCCCAGAGUCUUACAUCAUUUAUCCCACCAAUCUCAACACUCCUGUUGCUCCUGCUACAAAUGGCAUCAGCCAUAUGAAGAGCAAUCCCAAGACCGAUGAGCGAGAAGUUUUCUUGGCAUCCUACCAUUCCAAGAAAGAAAGUGGGGAGGGGAAAGUGUGGAUUGCCAAGUCGUCCGCUGGAGCUAAAGGCGCUGGUAUCGUGAUAUCCCACGAUGCUAACCAUCUGCUGGAGUACAUUGACAAUCAGGGACAGGUUCAUGUCAUUCAGAAGUACCUGGAGAAACCUCUACUUUUGGAGCCUGGACAUCGCAAGUUUGACAUCAGGAGCUGGGUACUUGUGGAUCACCAUUACAACGUCUAUUUAUACCGAGAAGGUGUUCUGCGGACGUCCUCCGAGCCAUACAACACCUCAGACCUCCAGGACAUGACCAGUCACCUGACAAACCACUGCAUCCAGCAGGAGCACUCCCAGAACUACGGCCGCUAUGAGGAAGGGAACGAGAUGUUCUUUGACGAGUUCCGCCUGUACCUGCUCAACACUCACAAUGUCACGCUGGAGGCCAGCAUUUUACCUCAGAUCAAGCAAAUCAUCAAGAGUUGUCUGUCAUGCAUUGAACCAGCCAUCAGCACGAAGCAUCUCUCCUACCAGAGCUUCCAGCUGUUUGGCUUUGACUUCAUGGUGGACGAGAAGUUCAAAGUGUGGCUCAUUGAGAUCAACGGAGCCCCAGCCUGUGCACAGAAGUUGUACCCAGAGUUGUGUCAAGGCAUCGUGGACGUAGCCAUCUCCAGCGUCUUCACCCUCAACAAUAGUGGUGACUCCUCGUCAUCGUCACCUUAUUCCUCGUCGCCGUCCUCCUUGUUCAGCACUAAUGCUUGUUCUUCACCCAAAAUAAGAGGGCCGCUUCAUGUCGGCCCUUUUACUCGACUGUAAGCAUGGCAAAUCAUUCAUGUCUUUCGGCACUGCUGGAAGAGCGACAAACGCCGUCAUUUGUUACCGCAGCAUUUGUAUUGUACCUUGUGUUUCAUGCAUGUCUUUUUAUGGAUGCAUCGACGGAAUGGCAGAUGUUGCAUUUGGUUGUUUGGAAAAUGAGGAGAAGAGUUGCUUAAAGGUGUUUGUCCCAUAAUAGAUUGUUGGAAAUGAGACUGUAGUGCCUUACAUAUCCACCCAUUGACAAACCCUCAACAGACUUUCUUCUUCUUCAAGGAGGUCAAGUUUCAGAAAUGUUGGCCUUUCACAUCUCUAACGACCAUGAUCCAGUAUUUUCUGGUUUUCGGUUCACCCCAUUGAUGUUUUUUGUUUUUUUAUGAAAAAUUAAAAGAAA